AUGGGUAAUUCGAACAGCAAUGGCAAAGUGAUGAGGAUUGAGAGUUUCGCGAACGAUCCCACGGCGUUCCGAGUGUUCGUGAAGAAGCGGAACAAGUUUAUUCCGGGCUGGCUGAAGGUGAACGAGGAUGAGAUCGUCUUCUUCCGGACCGCCACACAGCCGCAGUUCUGGCCGUUGGCGUUCUUGCGGCGCUACGGCUACACGUGUGCGGGUGUGUUCUUUUUCGAGAGCGGGCGACGAUGUGCGACGGGAGAGGGGCUGCACACGUUUCAGUCGCAUCAGGCGGAGAAGAUUUUUCAUGUGAGUUUUGGGCUUUGAAAGAAGAGGGGAAUUUUAUCAGCCUGUCGGGAAAAUAAUGUGGAUUUCUUAAAUGCACUGUGCGUUGGCGACAAGCUUGUGAAAAGGUUCAAAACGCGCUGCGCGGAAGAGAAAAAAAUGUCCAUGCAAUUUAUGAAAGUGCAGUUUCACUGUAAUAUCAGUCUGUCGGGAAAAUAAUGUGGAUCGUCGCCCUUGGAAUCGCCCAUCAUUGCUUUGCGACGGUUCUCCGCGGCUGGAGAUUUGGUCCGCGAGGCGAGAACUUCCGCUGCGACAAGUCCACAUUAUUUUCCCGACAAACAAAUAUCACAGUCGGCCUUCUGUAUUACAGUUGCGCACUGUGACAAAAUGUCCAUGCACUUUAUGAAAACAAAUUCUAUCAGUCUGUCGGGAAAAUAAUGAGCCCAAUAUCGCUGAGCCAGUCGCGUCGCUGAAGUGAAAAGAAAUUUGAUUUUGCCGCGACACAAUUCAUUUUCUCAGCGACGAUGAGACUUUCGAUGCGACAGAGUGCUCAUUAUUUUCCCGACAGACUGAUUUAGGCAUCUAAUUUUUUGCUCUCAGUUUGUCGGGAAAAUAAUGUGGAUUUGUCGCGGCUUGAAAUCGCCCAUCAUCGGUUUGUGGCAGCUAACUGCGGCUGGAGAUUUGAUGCGCGACUUCUGCUCAUUAUUUUCCCGACAGACUGACAAUAGCUCAGAAUGAACAGUUAGGCCAGCGAUAGCUAGAGUUGAUCAUUUUCUAGAGUUAGAAAAUGAUCAUAUUGUAAGUCUGCGCCAAGUCUCCGCCGAGCCUUCGCCGAGCAUCCAACGGCUUUACCAGGCCCCGUCAACACUUGUGCGAAAUUGAACAAAUUUCCAUGUACUUUAUGAAAAUAUAUAUUAUACAUGCUAUAAUAAAGUCAUUUUUUCAGAUCGUCCAGUCCCGAAUCCGCUCCGAGGAAUUCGCGCGUUCCCGGGCCUCCUCCGUCGUCCAGCAUCGCCUCAACUCCGUGGCGGGCCCCGCCACGAACACCAAAAUCCAUCCGGUCCAACGCUUCUGCAGCGAAGGAGCGACAAACCCGUUUUUGUUGCGGAGAAACCCCUCGAAUUCGCAGAGAAACCCGUUGGGCACCGGUCCCAUGAUGCAUUCGAGCAGCUCGACGAAUGUGCACAGCACAGCGAUCAGAGAGAGGCCGAGGAGUGUGGUGUCGGCCAUCGAGUACGAUGUGAAUCGAGUGAACAAAACGCCGAACAUCAUGAACAACUCGUAUUCGUCGGCGGUGAACAGUUUGUGGAGCAGCCAGCAGCGGCUGGAAGGGGAGAUUGUGUAAGUUGAAAGUAUAGCCCUAUCUUGCCCUAUAUAGUCAAUAUAGUAUAACACAAGCCCUAUAGCUCUAUAUAUAACCUCAUAUUAGUCUGUCGGGAAAAUAAUGAGCACAAUGUCGUUGAGGCAAAUCGCGUCGUUGAAGUGAAAAGCAAUUUGGUUUUGCCGCAAAACAAUUCAUUUUUUCGGCGGCGAUACGAUUUUCGAAGCGGCAGAGGGCUCAUUAUUACAGACUGAUAUAUUAUAUUACAAUGUAUUGCAAGAGACCAAAAAAAUAUUUGUCAUAGAGGAUAUUUGUUGUAAGUAGGUUAGUUUUGGCCCUAAAUUAACGCUCUUACCGCUGAAUCUUUGUCAUAGCAUUAUUUUCCCGAUAUAGGCAUCUAAUUUUUUGAACUAUUAGUCUGUCGGGAAAAUAAUGUAGAUUCGUCGCGCCUUCAAAUCGCAAAACAUUUCUUUGUGGCGGCUAACUGCGGCUGGAGAUUUGGUGGGCAACUUGCUGCGACAAACACAUUAUUUUCCCGACAGACCGAUAUCAGUGCGGACCGCGACAAAAUGUCCACCCACUAUGAAAAGACUGUAGUCUGUCGGGAAAAUAAUGAGCACUCUGUCAAAUUUAAAAUCGCAUCGCCAUGGAGAAAAUUAAUUGUGUCGCGGAGAAAAUCAAAUUGUUUUUUGCUUUUAGCGAUGCGAUUUUCGAAGCGACAGAAUGCCCAUUAUUUUCCCGACAGACUGAUAAUAAAAUUGCGCUAGAAAUUUUUGUACUGUAAAAUACGCCUAUUCAAUGUUUCCUUCCAAAGCAUUAAAAAAAUGAUAUCAAACAUCAUCAUGUAUAGGAUGUUCUUUACCCUUAUUGAAGCUGUUUCCUCAUCCUCUUUCCUCUUUGAUUUUGAUAUUAUGUUCCUCGUCCCAAGGCCAUUCCAAACACCGCUCAAGACUUUUUCAUGUCACGAGGAGACGGCUAUUAAAAACAUCCGAACACCUGGUGAUUCAGAGACAGAAACAAUUUACGUCAAAAGGGUAGUGGAAGAUGGAUUAGGCCAGAUCGACUUGAAAACAGAAGAUAAGAAAGUAAAAUACGUGCUGGAAAAGUUAUAUUUUUACUGUCAAGGAAAUUUAAAUACAAUAUAUUUUGCAAAAAAAUUAUGUUUUCACAUCAAAUUUGAAAGGUAUCAGUCUGUCGGGAAAAUAAUUCUUGUCUUAUAGAAAAUCGCAUCGCCGCCGAGAAAAUGAAAUUUGUCGCGAUCAAAUUGCUUUUGACUUCAGCGACGCGAUUGGCACAGUCACAUUGCGCUCAUAAUUUUCCCCACAGCCUGAUAGUAUCACGAUAAAAUAAUUUUUCUCUAACCGCUCUCUUCGUUUUUAUACUCUCUCGUCAAUUGAUGAAUAUCUCGGCGAUGCUCGCAAAGACUUGGCCACAAUUUUCAGGGGUUAAUAUAUGGUCUGCAAUGACUGUAGCUCUAGAAUUUCAAGCGGAUCUGAAGGUUGCCUUAUGAUCCUUUGUCUAGUUCGUAGAAUUUGAAGGUUUAUAUAAAAACUCUGAAAUAUUUCAACCAUCCGCUCAGCGGAUCAUCUGCCAAGCACCCCUACACUUUGCUACGUCAAUAAGCAAUGCUUUUGAUUCAUAUUCACCCUUUACUAAUCCAAUUUUUUCCAGAAACGAGCAUAUCAUCAACAACGGCUAUGAGACCUACCAGUCCUGCGGCUCCGAGCGCUAUAUGCGCCCGUAUCCGGCGCCUCCACUCUCCGAUCAACUGAAAUACCAUUCCUACGUGAACGUCGAACUCCCCGACCCACGCUACUACCGCGAGACCAGCGUCGCGUCCGACUUGAUGAGCUCAGCGUCGGCGCGAGUUCCGCCAAGAGCGAGAAUUCAGCCGGUUGCGCCGUUCAUGACACAAUCGAUGACACAGUCGAUGAUUGCCACUCCAACAAAACCGCAGGCAUUCGAUCCGCCCGGAGAGAGUUUUCCGGCCAUUGAUCGUGGCAGACCGGCGUCGACGAAUGCGCAGCCGGCCAGGCCAAUCCCCGUCCCACAAAAACCUCCCAUGGAGUAUAUACAGGUAAUUUUGUGCUUAUUUUGUUUGGAAAGCGGUCUUUUUUACAUUUAAAAUGAAAGACUUGCUGAUGUGCUCGUAUUUUACAAUUUAUGUUAGAUUUCUUGAAUUUUUAGAGGUUGAAACGGAAUGCCAAAAAUUGGCGGGAAAUUUGAAUUUUUGGAUUUUCCGCAAUUUAUAUGUUUUUAACAUUUCAAAUAAAAGAUCAAGAGACCGCGUAUUUUACCAUUCUUUUAAUUUUCAACCGUUUUUAUGAAUUGAAACGGAAUGCCAAAUUUUGGCGGGGAAUUCGAAAAUUUGUAAAGGUGGACUUCUAGUCGGCUUAAAUUUAUUUUUUAUUCAGUCAGGACGUUUUAUACAUACUCGAAUAAAACCACCUUUGGGCAAAUUUUCUUUUACAAAAUUUAAAUUUCAAAUUUUCCGCCAAAAUUGGCAUUCUGUUUUAUGGCCUUAUACGAACUGAAAAUAGUUUUUUUUCCGUGUAAGAUCAUGUUAGCAGAACGUCUUACACUCUAAUACAGCCAUUUUUGGAAAAAUUUACUUUUACAAAAUUUAAAUUUCAAAUUUCCCGCCAAAAUUGGCAUUCUGUUUUAUGGCCUCAAAUGGACGAAAAAAUUGUGUUAAUAAGAAUUUUAGUCAUCAAAUGACUUCUUCUUCGUAUUUCACACACUUUUCCAACACAUUAUUCUUUCCAGGUACCUCUUUCCAAUCGACCACAGCCCCCUUCCAAUCCUCCGAAUGGACCCAUCGAACUGACCAAACGGUGAGUGGCCUCAAGUCAAUUUGCCUCUGAAUUUCCCUCUUAAUUCAGUUCCUAUCCCUUUGAUCGGGAGGUUAAUUAAAUUUUUGGGGAGAAACGGGAGAUUUUAAAAGUUUAAUCCAAACAUCUCGCGGACAAGAUUUAUUUCAAACUAAAUUUUUUCUGAACAAAGAAAGACGGAGGACUCGAUUAAUCUUGGUUCUAAAUGUCUUGUCAAAACAGCGUUUUUAUGGCUGGCAAUGAAGCUUAAUGGUUGUUAGGGAAGGGCAGCCAUUUUUUGUUGCAAAAUAUAAAGUUGGAAAAAUUUUGAAAAUAAAAAAUUUUUCGAAUUUCAUUAAAUAUAUUCACAGGGGAAGUACCCCAAGUGCGACGCUCAGAUUUUGAUGAAACUUGGCACAAAUUUAGAAUAAUUUUUUCUAAGAUAUAUGCGAGAAUUCUAGCUCGCGCUUUGCAGAAACAACCGAGAUUUUUAGAUCGAAAGUCGGCCAAAAUUUAGGACUUUUUGCCGAAUUUCGGCACGAAAAUUUUCAUGCCUAAUUCUACCGUAAAGGAUAAUAUUUCUACAAAAAAUCAAAUUUUUCCGCUCGAAACUGCCAAAGUUAUGGCCAAAAAGGUGUUUCUCUCUGACCGCUCUCCACGUUUAGCGUGCUCUCUCGGCGGCAAAAAUCGUUCGAUAUCUCGGCGGCGCCGGCAAAGCGCGAACUAAAACUUUCAUGAAUUCAUAUUUAGUCCAUACCCGAUGUGUGUGCAAAAUUUAAAGAAAAUCUGAGCGUCGCACUUGGAGUACUGUCAGUAUAUGCCACAUACAAAAUCCUCAAAAUUCAGCCAUGUUCUAAUUACCUCGAAUCUUCUAAAACCUCGUUUUUCAGACCCCCUUCGAUCAGUCAACGUUCCGAUUGCUCCUCGGUAAUCUCAGCGUCCCCUUCGAUGGGCGAUCGCUCCGUUCUGUCGGCCCCACCUUCUAGUCGCGUCAAUUAUGCGCUCAUCGACUUCAACAAGACCAAAGCCCUCGAGCAAUUCUCGAAUGUCAAGCAGAAAGCGGCCGAAAAGCUGCGGAACAGUCGAUUCAUCCGAAAACAUUGA